AUUAUCCAUGCAUGGAAACGGAAAACGGGGAAACGGAAGCGGGAAACGGCGCAAUACAAACACUCUGACGCGUCCGUCGAUCGUUCCUGUUGGAGCUUUAUCCCGAUGGAUUGCCUGCUGCUCAGCCCUCCCUUCUCGCCUCAAGCGGCCGUCAGCUCAAGCUGCCAAAGAUCCUUCGUUGGCUUCCACAGCCUGAGCUAUCGGUUAAUCAAGAAGGGCUGGUCGAGACUCCGAUGCGGUUCCAUCGGCGGGGCAGAAAAUGGAUCCGCCGUUGGAGGACUUGGCGGAGCGGCGAGUUCGUUCGGCACUCUGAGCGCUGAAAUAACGCAGGAAACGGUGGACUUCUUUGUGAGCGACGCCGAAGGCGAUCCGGAUCAGCCUUCCGAAGGCUUCUGCUCCAUUGAUCAAGCUGUCGAUGCUCUCCGUGAAGGAAAGUUUGUGAUUGCUGUAGAUGGCGAUGAACAAGACGGUGAGAACGAAGGUGAUCUUAUCAUGGCAGCUACUCUGGCAAACACCAAGGCCGUUGCCUUUAUGAUUAGGCAUGGUUCAGGAAUAAUAUCCGUCGGAAUGAAGGAAGAAGACCUGGAGAGGCUCAUGAUUCCUAUGAUGUCUCCCAUCAUCACUGAAAUAAAAGAUCAUUCCAACGCAGCUGCCACAAUCACAGUGGAUGCCAGGAUAACCUCCACCGGUGUGUCGGCUGCUGACCGAGCGCAAACUAUUCUUGCUCUUGCUUCUCCUGAUUCCAAGCCAGAGGAUUUUAGAAGACCUGGCCAUGUGUUUCCUCUAAAGUAUAGAAAUGGAGGUGUAAUGAACAGAGCUGGCCAUACUGAAGCAUCGGUGGAUUUGGCGGCCCUAGCUGGACUUCAGCCUGUGUCAGUUCUCUCAACUAUCGUCGAUCCAGAGGAUGGUUCAAUUGCAGGUCUGCCUGCAUUGCACACAAUCGCCAAGGAGUUCAAUUUACCAAUAAUCUCAAUCAGUGAUCUGAUCAGGUAUAGAAGAAAGAGGGAGAAACUUGUGGAAAAAAUUGCUGUAUGCCGAUUGCCUACUAAAUGGGGACUUUUCCAAGCUUAUUGUUACCAGUCCAAAUUAGAUGGAACUGAGCACAUUGCCGUUGUGAAGGGAGAUAUCGGAGAUGGACAAAAUGUUCUGGUAAGAGUCCACUCUGAGUGUCUAACUGGAGACAUACUCGCAUCUGCUCGCUGCGAUUGCGGCAAUCAACUUGAUCUCGCGCUUCGACUGAUAGAGGAAGAAGGAAGAGGAGUUCUAGUUUACCUCCGCGGCCAUGAAGGAAGAGGCAUUGGCCUCGGCCAUAAACUCCGAGCAUACAAUUUGCAGGAUCAAGGCCAUGAUACGGUGGAAGCUAACUUGGAACUAGGCCUGGCUGUUGAUGCCCGUGAAUAUGGAAUUGGUGCCCAGAUUCUAAGAGAUGUUGGUGUGCGCACAAUGCGAUUGAUGACCAAUAAUCCGGCAAAAUUCAUCGGACUCAAAGGCUAUGGACUGGCUGUUGUCGGAAGGGUCCCUGUCAUUUCUCCUAUAACUGAGGAAAAUAAGAGAUAUCUGGAGACGAAGAGAACCAAGAUGGGGCACAUCUAUGGCUCAGAUCUUCCUGAAAGUUCACCCUGAUGCUUGAGCUCGGAUUUGAAUCGAGCAGAGACGCCAAGGAAGAAUCAUAAAAUCUAUGGAAAUAGUCAACAAUCUCCUUUCUUCUUCUUCUUUUUUUUUUAGUUUGUUUCAUGAAGAAUAUUAUAGUCCAGUGAUAUGAAGAAAUAUAAAAAUAUCAAGCAAAUUCUUUCAUUCA